UCGUGGAUUGGCGCUCUGCCAUCUUUGAUUGUGCGACAGGCCGCGGCGCGAGCGGGGCCUCUCUCGAGCGCACGAGAAACCGCCAACCGCCCGUUACUGCUCACCUCACACCGGCGGCGCAACCGGAGAGAUACCAGGAGUUAAAAACGACCGAGAGGAGAGGAGAAGCGCGUCUCUCUCGUCUGUGAAAGGGGUUUUGUGGGUCGCUAACCGCUCGGCUAGCUGGAACUAGCAUAGCACGAGCUUUUGUAAUCCACAGCCGGCCUCUCUCACACACACGCGCUGAAAGACACAAAACAAAGGGCCCGAACGCAAAGCUUCUGGACGGAAUAAAUCACAAGGUUACACCUGAAGAGAGAGACGGGACCGGCGGAGACAGGGGCUGGUUCUGAGGGGUGAGGCCGCAGGACCAGACUCAAUGAGUUUCCAGCGAAAUGUCCGAGAAGUCAGGGCAGAGCACCAAGGCAAAGGAUGGCAAGACCAAGUAUGCAACCCUUAGCCUCUUCAACACGUACAAGGGAAAGUCUUUGGAGACGCAGAAAACUGCAGUUGCCGCCAGACAUGGGCUCCAAAGUUUGGGUAAAGUUGCGGUCAGUCGACGCAUGCCCCCUCCAGCUAACCUGCCCAGCCUAAAAGCUGAGAACAAAGGCAAUGAUCCCAAUGUUAGCAUAGUACCCAAGGAUGGCAGUGGAUGGGCUUCCAGACAAGAUCAACCAGGAGACGAACGGCAGCAAGAAACCCCUCCCCCACAGCCUAAGCCAACUGUGCCCCAGACCUCUGAUGCCCCUCUGGGAGGAAGCCGCUCGUGGGCCAACAGCAAACAGUCUGGGCAGCAGGAUGGAGCUCCUCGAAUGAGCAGUCAGUUUCAUCAGGAGUUUCCGAGUCUGCAGGCAGCAGGUGAAGUGGAGAAACCAGCCGAUCAGGAAGAUGAACCCUAUGGACCAGGGCCCAGCCUCAGGCCUCAGAAUGUGGGUAGCUGGCGGGAAGGUGGAGGCAGGAACCUAAACGUUACUCCCAGCCCCUCGGAGACUGACAGUAAGCCCUCUGAGGAGUCGGGCAUUGGUCGAGGCACACCAUCUCCAUCAGGCGACUCUGAUGAGGCAGGGAAAACCUCUUCUGGUGAGGGCAGAGAAAAGAGGGAUGCCAGGGACAGGCUCCCAACUGCUGCCCCUCAGCAUAAACUUAAUGGUGGUCAGCAACCACCAGGAGGGAUGUCAUCUCAAUUCCAUGCUGCCCAAUUCAGGAGCAUGAUGCCGCCAUAUAUGUUUAAUGCUUACCCUCGAGGGCCCUUUCCACCUGCGCAAGGCAGCUUUAGGUACCCUGCACAACAGGAGAUGUCCAAGGGUCCACGCACUGGAAGACCUUCUUUGCCUCCCUCUCAGUCAUGGCUGCAGGAUCCAGACAGGCCAUCAAUUGUUAGUGCCACUGAAUUAAAAGAGCUAGACAAUCUGGACACAGAAGCUGAUGAGGGUUGGGCAGGUGCCCAAAUGGAAGUUGACUAUACCGAGAAGCUGAAUUUUAGUGAUGAUGAAGAGAACCAUUCAGCUAAAGAGAAAGCCGAUAACUGGGAGUGGAUGGCUAAAGUUGAUCGCAUGCGGUCAAGGAAUGCUGAGGUCCAGGAGGGAUGGAAGGAAGGUACAGAGGAGAGGAGUGAUGGCAAGAGCUCAUGGGGUGAAAGUGGAGACCCCAGGGCUCCCUCUCCUGGCAAUAUUGUCCAUUAUAGCAAGAAUAUAAUGCCACAAGACCAGCAGGGGCAAGCUGUUGGGCGUUCUAUGGGAAGUGGUGGCCCCCGUGUUACAAAGCUGCAAACGACGGCACCUCCUGUUGGUGAGGAGGAAACGGAAGCAUGGCGACAGAAACGAAAGAAGCAGUCAGAGCUCUCUGAAGCAGUGGAACGUGCUCGUAGACGCCGUGAGGAGGAGGAGCGGCGGAUGGAGGAGCAAAGGCUUGCUGCAUGCAAAGAGAAGCUUAAACAACUAGAGGAGAAAAGACGACCUUCGACCACAGAGGCUACUAAACCAGCUACGCAAGCUCACAGCGACCACCAGGAAGUGACUGAAAUUGUGCCUAAACUACCUGCUGAAACUCCGCCCCCUCAACCUCAGCCACCACCUCUGCCUGCACAGCUACCCUGCCCUCCCAUGCCAACUCAUGAAAGGACAGAGCCCACUGUGGAAGAGGUGCCACAAUUCAUUACCCGGCAACCUAGCCCUCCUGUUCUUAGGACUAUCCCAGAACCCCAAAUCAAGGCUGAUACUGCUGUAGCUGAGGAGGUGCAUGGACAGGUGGAGAGACCGCCAAUGAGAGACUACUUCUGUGCUGAGGAGCCCAGAGUUGAGGAGCCUCAGUUGUCAUUGUCCAGACUAGAUCAUUCUGUUAGCGAAGAUGUUCCACUUCCAUCUCAACUGGAGAAUGAAGGAGAUGCUGGGACUUCCAUUCGUCCUUCUGUAACCUCUGGAUACUCAAAACAGUUCCAGAAAUCUCUGCCACCUAGGUUCCUUAGACAACAGGAACAACUUAAACAACAACAGUGGCAGCAGCAACAUCAGCAGCAGCAACAACAGCAGCAGCAGCAAGGUGGAGGAGGUCCGGUCUCUCCUUCAGGGGGUUCAGUUCCUCCUCAGCAUAGAUCUCUGUACCAACCUCUUGGCCCCCACCACCAACAUCUUGCCUCAAUGGGCUUUGACCCAAGGUGGUUAAUGAUGCAAUCUUACAUGGACCCUCGUAUGAUGUCUGGAAGACCACCUAUAGACAUUCCUCCUAUGCACCCGGGGAGAAUGCCUCCUAAGCAACUGGUACGACGAGAGCCCACGGACAACAGCAGCUCUGGAUCAGACACUUUUGAUCAUCUGACACGACCAAUCAGAGAACAUGGAGUUCCCAGCGAGUCUCGAAUGGUCUGGGGUUCUGACCCAUAUCCCUCAACGGAGCCACUGCCCUCCACUGCAACUGCUAAAGGGCGAGAAGAUGGCAAAGACCCAAGAUUGGAUGCUGGUCUGGACCUGGAUAGAGGUCUAUCUGGUGUCUAUCAUCAGGACCAUAGCCCACUGGAGCCUCGGAACAAAAGUGACUUUUUCAGGGAUUCAUCUGAAACAUUGUCUGCUUUUAGUCAUGUUUCAGAUGAGGUUCCAAGUCUCCUACAGACUGACCGAGCACCAGUCAUCCCUUCCUUUGAAACUGAGGAGGCUAACCUCACCGCUACUGAUGAGGUUGAGGCCAUUGGACAGGCUGUAUUGAAACGGAGUAUCUCUCAAGGCUCCAGUCACUCUCUAAAACUGGAAGAACCUAGAUUUGAGGGACUUACUAUAGCACAGAAGACCGUGGACUUCACUGAAACUGUGGAAAGACCAGAAGAAAAGUCCAGAAAGGAGGCCUUUGGUCAAGGCCCUGCCAUCAGCAGCCGUUCCACUCCUCCUGUGACUAACGAUAAUGUGCAUAAAGGUGACAAGCUUAUCUUACCGCCACCCAACAAACAGAAGUCAGAGAUGCGCUGGGGAUCCCGUGGUUCUGGAUCUGGAAGAAGAGAGGGUGCUGGAGGAGAGCGACCGGUCAGGAGAUCUGGACCUAUUAAAAAACCUGUACUGCGAGACAUGAAGGAAGAGAGGGAGCAGAGAAGAGAGAAAGAAGAGCAACAUGAACGAGGAGAUCGAACCAAAAAAGAAGGAUUUGCACCCAAAGGUGCUUCGUCAGCUGCUAUAGUGGCAUGUGAUGGAACAAAGCCUUCCAGUGAUGGGAAGAAAAUGGUGGUGGAACCUGAAACUGGUGGAGCAAAAUCUAGAGAUCUGCAUACAACAGCAGGUCCAGCAACUGCAACUGUUCCUGAGGAAAAGCCAGAUAGGCCUCCAUCUAAUGACAAAUGCCCUGAGCCCAAACUACCCUCUCGCAAAGAAUCCAGCUUCCCUCCCCGAUCGUACAGAAGAGACGAGAGGGAGCGAGAGAGAGAUCGGGACAGAGACAGAGAUCGGGACAGAGAGAGAGACAGAGAUCGGGACAGAGAGAGAGACAGAGAUCGGGACCGAGAGAGAGACCGAGAUCGGGACAGAGAAAGAGACAGGGAUGCGGACAGAGAGAAAGAGUGGCCUUCUGAUUUUAAAGGCCGUGGUCGGGGGGAGUACUAUUCCCGUGGCCGCAGCUACAGAGGCAGCUAUGGUGGGAGAGGUCGAGGUAGUCGUGGGCGGAGUCGAGGGGACUACCCUUACAGAGAGCCACGAUCACGCUCAGACUUGCCAUUAAGUGCCACUGGGGCAGUUGGUUUCCACUGCAGAGAAGAGAGUGAAACACGUAGCGAGAGCUCAGACUUUGAAGUCCUGCCCAAGCGCAGACGCAGACGGGGCUCGGACACAGACUCUGAAAGUGAAGGCAGAGAAUCUGCUAGUGACACUGGAGCAUCAGACCGUGAGCCUAGCACCAAACCAAACAGACCGCUCCGCCGUGAGCUGCCAGAAUCUCGGUCCUCUAAGCCUGCUUCAGGGUAUGCGCCUGGACAUGUUUCAGAAAAACCAGGGUCUCGUGAUGAGGAUGGGCGGCCUAAACCUGGUUUUCUGUUAAAGGGUGAGGUCGCACGUCGGGGCAAAGGACCCUUGCACAGCAGACGUGGAGGUGGCAGAGAAAGAGGUGGACACAGAUCUGCACCUUUCCGGCGCGCUCCUGUCAAAGAGGGCUCUCAGUGGCCCUCGAAGCCCAUGGAGACCUUUCGGCCAGAGGAAGCAGAGACCUCACGGACUGAUAGCACGCCAUCUGAACGUCGACACACCAAAUAUGACAACAAAAAAAUUGGAGACGGUGGACAAAGCAUUCGAGAGAGACCUAGAAGACCAAGAGCAGCCCGUCCUCCCAGGCAGGACAAGCCCCCACGGUUUAGGAGACUUAAAGAGCGUGAGGCAGCAGUGUAUGCUGGUGAAUCAACACCAGGCAUGCCAGUAGCUACAUCCAUUUCCCCAACACUGUCUAAAGCUCCAGGGUCUCAGGUCACUUUGUCUGAGGGAGUGAUUGAUACUAAUACAGCAUCUUCUCACACUCCUGAUGUGAGUCCCCCUGAGCUUCCCGUCACAGAGUCUGUUGUUCCUGAAGUAGGAACCACUACUGUAGUUGCUGCUGGCAGCAAAUCGCCUGACUUGUCCAAUCAGAACUCCUCUGAUCAAGCCAAUGAGGAGUGGGAAACUGCUUCUGAAAGUAGCGACUUUAAUGAACGGAGAGAGCGAGAAGACAAGAAGCUACUUGAAGCAGCUGUGACUGCAACCACAUCCUCCUCCUCUGCACCUGCACAGAUCACUGGUGGACAGAGCAAAUCACUCAUAGAAAGUGUGGCAAUCCCGAAAAGAGAGUUGGCUUCAGCAGCCAAAAGGAGCUUCUCCAGCCAGCGCCCUGUAGAUCGACAGAACCGCCGGGGCAACAGUGGGCCUAAAACAGGUCGGGGGUACCCUGGAGGCAAGAGUGAGAGAAGGGGAGGAUCUGGUGCCAAAUCUGGACGGAGAGGUGCUGCUGCUCAGAAUGCAGAGGGUGCUCAGGCUGGUACAGGUCAGAAGCCUGGAAAAGAGCCAGCAACCAGCCGACGGAAGGAGGAAGCAAAACAAGCUGUUAAAAAACCCAAAGAGAAAGAAAAUGCCUUGUCUCAGUUUGAUCUCAACAAUUAUGCCAGUGUAGUGAUCAUUGAUGAUCACCCAGAGGUCACGACACUCGAGGACCCACAGUCUAACACAAAUGAUGAUGGGUUCACAGAAGUUGUUUCACGGAAACAGCAGAAACGGUUGCAGGAUGAGGAGCGGAGAAAGAAGGAAGAACAGACUGUACAGAACUGGAGUAAAAAGGGCUCUGGAGAGAAGGGUAGGGGAGGUGGUGGUUCGAAACUCCCUCCACGGUUUGCCAAAAAGCAGCAGCAGCAGCAACAACAGCAAGGAGCGGCAGCAGUGCAGCAGCCUGCAGCCCCAGCUCCACAGAGCCAGUCUGUCCCACAGCAGCCUCAACCACAGCCAGCUCUUUCUGUGCCACAGCACAAUCUGCCCACUUCUAACCAGAGCACUGUCUCACCGCAACCUCUUGAGGGUGCUGUAGCACCUCUGGCCCCUCCACCUGUAGACUUCCCUGCUAAGAGUCAGACGCUCAACACCCUGGGUACUGAACUGUGGGAGAACAAAGUGGCUGGCUCCACCGUUCUCUCUGAUGUCAAGAAACUUGGACCUAUCAGUCCUCCACAGCCUCCAUCUGUCAGUGCCUGGAACAAACCACUCACUUCGUUUACUGGCACUGUAACACCUGAGGGUGUAAAAGCAGGUGUAGAGAGUGGAGUUGAGCUGGGCAUGGACAGCAUCCAGUUUGGUGCCCCCUCUUCAGCAGGUAGCACUGACAGUGAUGGAGUGCCUGCCCUGCUGGAGAAAACCUCUGACAAUAAAUUACCCGAACCCAAAGAGCAGAGGCAAAAACAGCCCCGUGCUGGACCUGUCAAGCCUCAGAAGUUACCUGACAUUCCUCCUCCAGAGCACAAGGAAUAUAAACCAGGUCCCAUAGGUAAAGAGCGUUCGCUCAAGAACCGUAAGGCUGCCAAAGAUGUGCGUCAGUCUGAUGGAGAAGGCUUGGAUAACAGUGGAACUGGAGCCAGUCGAGACCGAGACUCCAGCUCACCCGCUAAAGACAAAGUUCCUGAGCUCGGUGGAGACAUUGAAGGCAUGAUCACUGCUCCUGCAGCAGAGUACUCCAGCAGCUCUAAGGAGUCUGUGACUGACUACACAGUCCCGUCGUCCUCUUUAGCUGACAACGUCCCCACUGCAGGAACCAAGAUGGAGGAGAGUCUUGUGUCACCUGUGGCCCUCCCGCACCCAUUGCCUAUUCAAAGAAGAGAAGCCCUGCAGCAGAGCUCCAGUCUUGCUACAGUCUCUCCUGCCACCGUUGACCUCACACUCAAAAUGGAAUCGGCAAGGAAGGCUUGGGAAAACUCACCCAGUCUGGUUGAAAAGAGCUCUCCUGUCACCUCCUCUGCUUCCCCCAUCACCAGUGGAGGAGGAGCAGGCAGUGCCCCCUUCAACUCCUUCUCCAGUGCUUCAGUGCCACAGAUACCUGUGGCCUCUGUCACCCCCAGCACCUCCCUGUCUGGGUCUGCAACUUACACAACAUCCUCUCUAAGCACCAAGAGCACAUCAGCUUCUGACCCUCCCAACAUCUGUAAGGUGAAGCCGCAGCAGCUGCAGAGUUCAGGAAUGUCCAGCACUAACUUUUCCCAGUUGGGCUGUGCUCCUUCUCUGCUCCCACCGCAGCAGCAACAGACCCCACAGGUGUUCGUUUCCCAGUCUGCAGCAGGUUCUGCAGCUCAAAUCCCGGCCUUCUACAUGGACACCAGCCACUUGUUUAGUGCAACUCACCCUCGCCUGGCUCCUCCCUCCAUAGCACAGCAGCAAGGCUUUCAACCUGGACUUUCACAGCCCACAGCAGUGCAGCAGAUCCCCAUCCCUAUCUACGCACCUCUGCAGGGGCAACAUCAACACCAACACCAACAUCAACACCAACACCAACAUCAACACCAACACCAACACCAACAUCAACACCAGCAUCAGCACCAGGCCCAGUUGAGCCUUAGCACUGGACCUCCGGUGUCUCAGCCUCAAGACCUCUUCAGCUCCUCCAUACAGCCCUACAGGUCUCAGCAGGCAUUCAUGCAGAACAGCCUCUCCCAGACGUCUCCCAUGAUGCUAUCUGGGACUCCGCUGCACAGUUACCCUGGAGUGCAGCCCCCAGACUUGGGCAAGCCUCAGUCCAGCUUGGCCUUCCAGCAAACCUCAAGCACCCAACACAUCCCUAUCCUAUUCGAGCCCCAGCUGAACCAGCCUUCUGGCAUGGGAGGAUCACAGCUGAUAGACACUCACCUGCUGCAGCGUCAGGGGUUGGGUCAGCACUCAAACCUGUACUCUGGGCAAGUCCAGCAGCAGAGCAGCUACUACAGCUCAACACAAAGCCCCAGCUCUGCCCUGCAGCAGGUGACCGUUCCAGUGCCUGGUUCACAGUUGUCUUUACCCAACUUUGGCUCUGGUGGAGGUCAGCCGCUCUUGGCUUUGCCUCAGUCUCUUCCGCCGACUCCUCCUCAAGCGCCACCUCCCAGCCUCAACCGGCAGCCACCCAACAAUCCGCCCUACCGUGGCCUCAUUGGCCAAAACACACACAGCAUGAUGCAGCCUUCCAACAAGAUGUGUGAGAUGGAUCUGAAGCUCUUCAGUGGUGGAAUUGAUGUGAAACCUGGAACGCCACCUGUCAGCGCCAGGAGCACCACCCCCACCUCUAGCCCUUAUAGGGCGAGCUCCACAAGCCCUAGUAGUCAGUCUAGCAAGAUGAACAGCAUGCUUUAUCCAAAACAGUUCCAGACAGGAUCUGCAGGAAUGCGCAUAGCCCAACACUUUCCAGGACAGUUCAAUCCACAGAUGUUGUCUCAAGCCAACAUGGUGUCUCCACUGGUACGUCCACCCCAUGCAAACUCUUUUCCUGGAGGGGUGCAGCGUUCAGCCAUGGGUCCACCGAUGUCUACUAACCUGACGGGAGGUCUGAUGCCCCAUCCCAGACCUCAACAUCCUCCACGUGGCCCUUCAGGUCCACCUUUAGCCCCCCGUGGCACACAGGCAGCCCUGAAAGCAGAACAAGACUUAAAGGCUAAACAGCGAGCUGAGGUAUUACAGUCAACCCACAAGUUCUUCUCAGAGCAACAACAGCUCAAGGCUCCAGUCAGCAAGCCCACCCGCAUAGAAGGAGCUGGCAAACCCACUGACAGCAUCACUUCGAAUCACCAGGGGGCGCCAUCCGACCGCGUGGAGUCCGACAAACCUGCACCUCUAGCAACAACCAAACCCAUCCGAACGGGUCCGAUCAAACCACAGGCCAUCAAACCAGAAGAGGGCAAAUAGUGUUUAAUUACUUCAGAAAGGACAAAAUGGAUGGAAGGAUGGACUGAGAGGCCAGAUGUCAGGGGGGAGGGGGGGGCGACAUACUACAGCACCUGAAAUCAUCAGAGAAUUGUAGGGAAGUAGAGUGAUGGAGGUUAAUUUUACGAGGUGCUGUGCAUUUUUCUCCCACUUACUGUGCGCUUUUUCCUCAUCCUUUUAUCAGUCCAUCCAUUCUCUCCUCUGCUGUGGUUGGCAUUACAGUGAAAAGCGCCCCUCCAUUGUGUGAACUGCACAUCCCCCAGUGAACAAUGAAGGUAGACAUCAACAUGUUACUCUUGCUGCUGAGAAUGCCAUUUUAUAGCAAUAUGAUUUCCUUCUGACUUUUACACAUUUCCUCAUGUAGAGAAACACAUUGUAGGAAGGCAGAUUUCUCUUCUUUUUGAUUUUCCCAGUUUAUUUUGAUUGCUCUUUGUGUUCUCAAGCAACAUUUUGGUUAUGACAGUUAAGAUACAAUGAACUGUACACAAACACACACACAAUCGCAUGUCACUAUUGUGCGCUUUUGUGUGUGUGUAUGCCUCUCAAAAUGACUUUCACAUUUUCACUUCAACCAUGUGUAUUGGCCUUAAAUAGUAUGUCAUUUUUGCCGAUUAGGGAUUGAUUACCGACAUAUUGGAGUAAUUAAUCGAUUGAAGUCUCCACUGUGAGCCUUCCCUCCUGCCUUCUCAGUAGUCUACGCCUGCAAGAAUCGAAGAUUGUGCAUUUGCGUGUACACGCAAAAUUACCUUGAAUCUUUAGCCAAAGGUCAGGCAUCAAAAGACCUGAAUCCUUUUAGAUAAAUAUUUGAUUUGACAAAGAUGGCUCAACUUCGUCAACAGAUAGAAUUAUGGUGGGGUUUUUUUUUUUCUUUGUAAACGGUUCCUCCAGACCAGGCCUAUGUUUGAUGUGUCCUAAGCUUUAGCCCCUCCCCUUUUCUGUGAUUGACAUUAUGUAGACACACCUACUUCAAUAGCUCCAGUCUUUCACCUUCCAGCCUCUCCACACAGCACCCAACCAUGCUGCUGACCAGCUCUGACUCUCCUGACCAAUCACUGCAGAGGAGGGGCGGGGUUUGGGUUGGGGUGAGUGGUCAAGCAUUUUAAGUUUAUCGCUGAAGAGUGUAGCUGCAAGUUUAGACUCAGUAUGGGGUUUGGGGCAGGGGUGAUGAAAGUUUUGAACAGAGGUCCCCAGAUGUUUUGGACUACAAGUAUACAUGGUCUUUCUCCAAACCACUCCUCUUGGGUUGCUGUUGCGAAGAGGGGGGCCUUCAGUUGAACACAAGAUUCAGUACGGCCCCCCCAGUUCUUGUUUGUUUAGUUGGAAUGAGAAACUACAAACAGAAGGGGAGGAGAGGGAUUUUUUUUCUUUUUUUUUCUUUUGAUUUUGUUUUACUUGUACAGGGGUUAAAUCGCUGUAUUAAAAUAUGUAAGGUCUUAUUUACAUUCUCCUGGUUUGGUUACAGAAACUAAUAAAAUAAUAUGCUGUAAAAAAUGAA